AUGGAGGAAGAUAAAAAUAUUAAUCCAAGUGCUUCUAUUAAAUCUGACGACAAAGAAAGACAAUGGUCAGCAAAUUUCCUAACAGGAGCAUCUCCACCAAAAUUCGUGUCUCUGGAUGAAAUAAUAAACGCAGCGAAUGGUAUGACAAACAUGGCCCUGGCUCACGAAAUAGCAGUUGAUAAGAACUUCAAGCUGGACGCGGCGGUGCUGGAGAAUAAUUUAGACGGAGAUGAGGAAGCUGAAGGAGAAGCUGACGACGAGGUUGCUAAAACUAAGAAACUUCAGAAGAAGGUCAAGGAGAUCAUGCACUACGCCUUCUGGAGCUUACUCAAGCAGCAGCUGAACGAGGACCCUCCAGAUUACAGCCAGGCGCUGGUGCUUUUAAGGGAAAUUCGAGAGACAUUAGAAGACCUAGUGUUACCCCACCACAAGAAAAUCCGUGAAAACCUCCGCGAAAUCCUAGACAUCGACCUAAUAAAACAGCAAGCGGAGAAAGGAGUCCUCAACUUUACUCACUACUCCCACUACGUGCUGAAUUUAAUGAGCAAGAUCUGCGCGCCGGUUCGCGAUGACAAGAUCAAUGAGCUUUUAAAGUGCUCGGACAUCGUUGAAACCUUUAAGGGGAUCAUGGAAACCCUGCAGCUGAUGAAGCUGGACCUAGCGAACUUCACAAUCACGAUGAUGCGCCCGAACAUCGUCGCCUCUAGUAUCGAGUACGAGAAAAAGAAGUUUGCCCAGUUUUUAGAGAUCCAAGCGGAUGGACUUCAGUUCACCAGGCGCUGGCUCCUAAAGCACCUAGAUGACAAGAAAGUCGCUGAUGCUACUGAUGACAAUGCUGUUAAGCAAGUCACUCACUAUUUACUCGCUGAAGCGUACCUAGAUUUGCUUAAUUGGGACUCUUCUCCUGAAGCUGAGACUCUGAUGCUGGAUCAAGGAAGACUCUUGGAACUAAGGGACAAAAUAAACAGACUUGCAAUAAUAGGGUCUAUUCUUCUAAUCUGCGGAAGUACUGUUGGAGGAUUAAUGCAAGGUGUGGAGAAAUUUAAGAAAAAUGUCAAAGGACACUUGGAUGUUAUCUUAGACACUGUUCACUCUAAUGAACAAUUAGAAAAAAUUAUGCCUAAUGUGAUAGUCCAGAUAAAAAAGGACGUGAAUGAUAUCCUGAAGGAAAUUCACAGUAAGGAGCUUGAUAAAGAAACUGAAGCGAUUUUGGAACGGCAAAUUUUGGAACUAAUUAAUGAAGAUCAUAAAAUCCGAACAUUAGUCAACCUACGGAUCCGACAGUUCCUCGAGAAAAUAAUCCUCACCCAAAAUGGCGUACCGACUCAAGUUCCUCCCGGACUGUCUUCCUUACAAGAGGAGCUCGCGUCCGUAGCCGCGAGGUUCUUUAUAAUAGUCGCUCACAACCGGAGCGUCUUUGGGGAGUACUGUCAGGAUAUCGUUGCCAAGGAAAUUGCAAGAAGGAAGGAUUCUUUAGGAUCCAUGAAUCAUGACAACGCUGUCAUGGACGCCUAG